AUAGCAUUUUAAUAAUUGAAUAAAGAGUAAUGCACAGGUAUGGAUAGCCAAAUUUGCGCCGAUGGUAGACUUCAUGAUUUAAUUGAUGAUGAGUGGAAAAAAGAUAAGCUUCCGGUCGAUGAAAUUCUAGUACCUUUAAGUGAAUUACCAGACCCUGAAAGUGAUAAUGGUGAUUCUCAUAUGACUUUGAAAGAGCUUGAGCAAAAGUGGAACAAUCUAGCUCUUGGAACACUCAGCGAAAAUCAUUUACAUUCGCCAACUCCGUCACAUAAUUAAUAGCCUCGCUAUACUUAAUAUUG